ACGUAGUAGAAAAAUCAAGGAAUAGUCUGACGUAGAUUCAGGAGAAUCGAAGAUUCCAGUGCCGAUGCAAUUACUGAGUCGCAAUGGAACAAUUCCGGACGUGAAAUAGUAUUAGAAAAGGAAAGACAAAAGUUGAGAUAGAUAAAGACAGACCCGGAGAAAAUAGUAGAAAUGGAAAAUUGGGAAAAACUAGAAACUGUUCGCACUUGUGCAAUCUGAUCAUCGCACGUACGCUUGUGAGUUAUGAACCGCGAGAACGAAGAAAUGAAUUUUGAAAAUAACGACGCAAGAGAAUGAGGACUGAAAAUUGUCAGAUUGAGAAUUAAAAAUACUUUGUAUUUGACACCAAAUGACGUUAACGACAAAUAAACACUUAUUUUCUAAAUCGUUCAUUCUGAAUUCUUCGUCAUUUAACUACACCAUCAAAGGGUUAAUCGUUAAAAGUACAAGAACAUCGAUACAAUAUCACAUAUGUUGAUAAAUCUUACAAUAUAGACACUAAUCCUGUGCCAAAAACAAAACAACAACAUCCGACAUUCAAUAUAUGAGUGUGGAUCAUCUCGUUUACAAUGAGAUAAUCGGUAUUUUCCAAGCAAUUUUCUACGACGAUAUUUUGUGUGUAAACAGAUAACGAUUCGACAAGCGAAACUUUGGUACAUGUUACGCAUCGGCAGGUGGCUCCGUGCAGUGUGAUUCUUCGAUACUCGUUUCCACCACCACCGACGUUAGUACCACACCACUACAACUACCGACAACCCUGGCUGGCCUCACGGUUAGCAGCCCCUAGCGAGUCGGGGACGCCUAUGAAGCGGCAACCCCUUAGCGUUCAGUGGUACCGCAUCCUCCGUAGCAGGCGUUACGCGCGCGUAUCAUUACAUUCCGUCCGAGGUUCUUCGUGUAUACUUUUCUAUCUUUCGGAAAGUGUCAUUGAGUCUGUCACACCGUCUCUAGCCUCAAACUGUCAAGAAUUCUGUUCGCCGAAUCCAAAACCGGUAGUCGAGUUCUUUUCGCCAUCCAUGAUUGCUUGUGCUUUGGAAGCGCGUCAAAUUAUGAAUGCGUGAAUUCGCGAAGAUCAGCUGAGAUUUUCAUCACAGAAAAUUUCGAUAAUCGUUGAAACGUCUCAUUAUCGUUUCCGCAGCAAUACUUUGACAUAUCCAGAUGAAAAGAUUUCUUCGAUUUCCGUGAAAAUGCUUUACGCAAAUGAUUGGUUUUAUUUAAAUGCAUAUUUAUAUGUUUAUAUUUAAAUGUGCAUUCAAGCAAUAAAGAAUUUUAUAUGCAUUCAUGGCAAAGCGCUUUUACUUUUUUCGAACGCUGAAAAGUGCUUGUUAGAACUUGAAAACUUCGACGGCUCAGAUUUAUCACUGUCUCUGUUGGAAACUGAUACAUACCAUCGCACCGUUAUGAAAUAAGUUAUACGAAACAGUUUCUAAUGAUAGAAAAAUUAUAUACUUGGAAGGACGAUUCAAUAGAAAAUCCAUACUAUUCUUGCUAGCACAUCAGUUUUCGUUUCUCCGGACUCCUAUCGUUGUUUCGAAUCUCCAGAAGAAAGAUUCCACGAGAAGAGGAAUUUGUCUUCAUCGAUUACGAUUCGUCACCUAUUACCACUGGGAUGAAUUUGUCCGUAUCCUAUCUGGAUAAAGAGAUGCAAGUACAAUGUUUCGACUGGAGAUCCUUCGAGUUCAUCCUGCAAUAACGUGGUUAUGGUGGAAUGAAAGAAGAAGAAUGCAGCACGGCAGAGGAGGCUAGAUGAGCACCAAUUUUCAGAGAGGUGCACGUGCAGAUUACCCAGCAGUUAUAUAUAAGGCACAAACUCGUACAUAUCUGAGAGAGAGCGGAAGUGGAAAACGCGUGCGUGAAAGAAUACGCGGUCCAUAUCUGGCCCGCCAUUUUGGCGGCAUGGUCCUUUGGGCCACUAUACUAUUCCUACAAGGAGCUAGUUUUGUAGGAUCGGUGACAGGUAUUCCCGGUGUUCCGGAAAAUAUAACGGUGAUGUUCCUGAAUCCGACGUCUGUCCGCGUUUCUUGGAGCACCAGCCAGGUCGAACAAGUUGAAAAAUACGACGUCAUGUACAAGCCAACCGAUGCGAGGAAAUACAGUGACAGUUACAGGGUGGUGACGGAGGUCGCAGGAAAUAGUGAAGCUGUUACAUUGAGCGGUCUCAGAGCUGAUACGCAGUAUCAACUUGUCGUCACUGCUGUGAGAGCCGGCAAGAGAUUUCGAAGUCGACCAAUCGUCUUCCGUACACUUGAGCCACCACGAACAUCCUUUCCCCCGGAACAAGCGAUAACAGGCGGUCCCCUUCCACCUCCUCCACCCUCUUCUCAACAACCACAACCUUACAUACAAGUCCGUGGCGUAGAAGUGGGGAUCGUGGUGUUAGUGUUGAUUUUUUGGGCAGGCGCGAUAGCGCUGUUCUUCAAUCGUUGGGGAAAGAUUCGCAUGUUACUGCCGUAUCAACCCGAUUACAAGGAACAAUUGAAGGUUCCCGGGACUGGGGUAUGCGCAGCGGCGAACGCUGCAUACACGCAACAUCCGACUCAACACACCUGCUCUCAGCAUCUGCACUGGUCGAGCCAUCACGUGGACUCCUUGGAUAGCGGAGGUGGUUUGGGCUGGCCAAGAACCUCGAGGCCGCGAGUGAACAGCGCCAUCGACGUAGCUGGCUUCCUAUCCCAGGAAUUUUUAAGACGGCACGGUUCAACGUCGAAAUUGUGCCGGAAGGUUCGCAGUGCAGAUAAUUUACCACUUGCGUCGACGAAUCGACAAGAUCAACGAAAUUCGAAAGAGGAAGGCAUCGACGGUGAUAAAGAAUCCUUCCUGAGAUCAACACUAGAGGAGAAGUGCGAGGAUUCCGAAUCAAAGAGGCAGAGUAGCCUCGAGAGUUGUCCAAAGGAUAAUCCAGACGUUUCGUUGCUCGACCCGAAUCAUCAAUUACAGUCUUCAAGGGAUUCUCCAAUAACGUCUUCAUCGUCGUUCGUUGGUCGACGUUUCGGCGGAUGGCGAGCUGGCGGAAGUCACGAAUACGUCCGGUGUCCUAUACGACAACCUGCUUCCAUGGAUGAGCGGUGUUUUCGGCGAUCUGGCGAUGCCGACGCUCGCUUACCCCGUUAUCAUCAUUACCAUCGACGUGCCGGGAUCGAACGGCACUCAAAGAGCUGCGACUACUCAAGACAUACGCCCGAAUCGAGCAUCGAGGUGCAACACUUUGGUCUGCCUAUACUUAGCGUCAGCGAGCCUAGUCCACCAGACGAAAACGACCGAGUGGACGAUUAUUUGUAGGACUUGCUUGCCGAGGACUUCUUGAAAGAGCUCCUCGUAUGAUCCUACAUGCUGAUCGCAUUACUUUGUGUGAUUUGAAAAAUCGAGUCGCGCAUCGAUUUUAGAAAGGUAAACUGAAAGACAAAUUUUUAAUCGCACAGAAAUAAUUGUUCGUAAUGUUCUUAAUGUUCUCAAUUGUACGAUGUUAAUGGCUGGAAACGAAAUUCUCUUUUAUUCGUAAUAAGUUCAAAUCGGAAUCUUUGUAACUACGAUUUUAAAAACGUGAAACGAGAGAUAAAAUGUACGGCAAAUUAAAAUGUGCAAAAUUAAAAUGCUCCAAGCGGAAGCUACGAUGAAAAAUCCAGAGAGAAAAGGUUUUUUACACGAAAGUUCGAAACAAAGUUGUUGAUUACACGACAGUAAACUCGAAAUAAAAUGUUCCGCUAGGAUAUUCUAUCGAUUGCCGCCGAUAAUAUUCAAAUCUCGCAGUUUUACAUGCAAACUCGAAACGAGAUGUUCUACCGCGAAGCGUUAUCGAUCGCUAUCCGUGAUACGGAUUAUGCGGCUAUGCGCACAUAUCGGAGAUAAAAUUUCAUCAUGCACGUAUUACCUUUGAAUUGCAUUCUGCAGAGCAAUUAUUAAUCUAAUUUACAUGGAUUGAAAUUCGCGAUAUCGGAAAUUAAAAAGCUUGAAAUUUUAAGGAAAUUCAGAUUGAGAUUCCGUUUUGAAUCGACUCGGAUACGUGUUGAAAGUAAUUACGAACAAUGUGGCGAGAUGAAAAAUUCAUCGUACAAUAUCAAUUGCGUAGAUGAUUAGUCUGCAAGGUUUCGCUUAAAAUCAGAAACUCUCUCUCUCUCUCUCUCUUUCUAAAUACACAUUCUUUGCCCCUAAUCAUUUUAAAUGUUGAUUCGUAUGCGAUAAAUCGAUAUUUAUUCCAAGAUAUCCCGUUCUAUGAUGUAGUAAAUGUUUCAUGUGACAUAUUAAUGUGGCCUGCCGUACGGCAUUGUAUCUGCCUACUUUCCUUUUCACAUACAUCCGUGCGGCCUUGUUAACUGGCAAUCGAUGUAAAACGAUUCACAGCACGGUGCAACGUACCAAAACAGUGUUAUUUGCAGACGUCUUUUACGCAAAAUUAAUAUUACGUAAUCUAUCGAUCACAGAUAUCAAAACAUUCAGGCGCCGUAUAAGAGUCGUAUAAACUCGCUAUUUUAGAAGAUGAUGCGUUUUGUUAUCUCGUUAACGAGAUUUUACGAAUUUUUAUCGUUAUUUUACCGUAUUAUCGUUUGGAUUAAACGUGUAUGCUAAGAAUACAUGUGAAUGAUAUGAUGAAAAUAUUAAGUAAAAUAUGACUGACAUCUGAAGUGUUUAAGAAAGAAAAAUGGUAGGGACAAUACACCAAAGGAUAUAAAAGAAAAUUCAAGAUAUUAAUUAUAUAAGUAUUUUAUUACGUUACAUUUGAUAUGAACGGAGGAUUUCUUCGAUUUCUUUACAUAUUAGUUAAUAAUUAGGAAGAAAGGUAGCGAAAAAGAUGGGAAUCCGAAAGUUGUAAGUUUCCAAUUUCGUAUAUCGAUAUAAUGAAGUUUUACAUAUCUAAAAACAAUUGAUAUACACGUUCGAAUUGAAAUUCUCGGAGUAAAAUAUGUAUAUCAUUGUGAUAAAAGUGUAAACGAGAUAUUUAGAAUUAUACUCUUGCAAUUAAUCACGUGCGUCUCACGACAAACAUAACACUCUAUAUUCGAAUUCCCGUAGUUUAAGAGAAUCUUAUUUUUAUCAGUGUUCAAAAAAAAAGAUCGAGCAGAGUCAAUAUUACACAUCCUAUUAGAGAGCAUAUAAUGACCUCAAGUAUAACGUUACGUGAACCGUUCGUCUUUCCGUUUAGUAAAACUUAAGCAACGUCCUAGCGAAGAUACAUUUCUGCAGCCCGAAUGUUAAAUAAAUGUGCAAAUUCCUAAACUUUCUUUUCCUCUAAAUGAAUAAUUUUCCAAGUUAAAAUUAACUAUGAAUAAUGCGUGUAUUUUACACGCGUACCGAUUUACGUUAAAACGAACGUAAUGUGUAAUAAGUAUAACUUUUCGAAAUAAUUCUCAUGAACUUCAGGUACCUUUCUUAUUCUAACUUGUUCACUUGGUCUUCUGUUUUGUAAAAUCGAAAUCUGAAUUUUAUCGGAUAUGAACGAAUAAUCGGAGCAAUAGAAUAAAAACGAAGGGAAAGUUUGAAAUUUGCACGAUUAUUAUCAAUUAUCGAAAUUCAUUCUUACUCAGCAACGACAGAUUGUGAAAUAUGUGCGACAGAUUCAAGUACUUGCCCGUAUUAUCUUGAACAUCGAAAAUCAAGAACUUAUCCAUUAGGUUCGUAGGAAAUUUAAUUGAAGUAUUUUAUUGUUUAUUACACAAGGUAUUUUCGGACCAAUCAGUAUGAUAAAAAGGGGGCCAUGAUUUCUUCAGCCUGACAUUCAAUUUUUGUAACAUUAAAAUACUUGUGACUUGUACGCGUAAGGAGAACAUUAUGUUUGCAUAUUGAUUAGUAUCUUUUAAAUCUUCGUUUAAAAUGUACGAAUCUUGUGAUCUUGUUUACGUAAGAAGCUUACUUUAGUAUACGAUAACUUAUUCGUUUUAAUUAUACCGAUAGAAAACAAUAUUGUCAAAUUCGGGGACCAAUAAAUAGUUAUAAAGAUACAACAACAAAGUGAUUAGCAUUAUUUUUGAAUAUCUCUUGGUUAUUCGUCAAUUUUCUUUAUAUUGCGUUUCAUUUGAUUUACAUAUAUUAAUUUUCUUUAUUGGCAAUGAAAUAAAACGGUGCAUGAAUCGUAAUAAAUUUUUUUUUUAAGAUUAUACCUAAAUACGUCAAUAUCGAUCAGCCACCUUUCUUCCAACCAACCUAAUGAUGUAUCCUUUCUAAAUUAUUAUUUACGAUUUGUCGAUUAACAUUUUCAAUUCUAAUCUACUCAGAGUAACACAUAAUGCCGCUUCAUUUCUACUUUUACCAAUAUAUUCAGUAAAAUAUCAUAAAUUGUACAGUUUAUACAUGGUAUUAUUAUUAGUAAUAGUGAACAUAAACGACCAACCGAAUAACAAAUUAUUUUUAAAAACAAGCAAAGAGUUGCACAUUGUAAAAUUCGAUUUCUACGAUACACGAACAUGCGAGAUAAAAAUAACGGAGUUUGUAAAUAUAACAAAAAUCAUAUCUCUGCAUCGCCUUUGCCGUAAAACAGCUUUAUGUAAGAAUAAUUUCGUAAUUGCUAAUAUCUUCGAAAAUAUUCAAUCUAAUUUAUAAUUUCAAACCAAUGGAAAAUAUUUCCAUGCCAAAUAACAAAAUUUGUUUGAACUUGAAUCGCGAAUAUUUUCUACUUGCGCUGUUUUAUGUUUCCGCGUCGCGUUUAUCGCUGUAAUUUUCACUGCGUAAUUGUAAUUUCGACUAUAGAAACAUACGACACUCGGCGUAGUCGCGCAUUACCUAUAGUAUCCUUAGUUUCUUCGCUGCAAGUGCCCAACUACGAAUGCUGUCGCACGUAUUAAUCGAACUUAUACAUAUUUUGUUUCCACUUGAGAGCGAGCGAUCACGCGACCACUCUCAGAGGGUUGAAACAUUCUCAACGCGGUAUCCAUUUGCGAGAGAUACUCUCGAGAGCAGCUCGCUAUAGUUUUACUCUCAAAUGGACACCUAGCUUUAAGUAGAUGACUAAUAUACAAUGUACGUAUCUAUAGAUGACAUAUUAUGGCACCUAUGAAAGCAAAUCGAUAAUGUAACCUUAACUCUUCUUACGAUCACCACGGUUCUUGUAUCUUCUAACUUUUUUCGCUCAAUGAUCCGACACGAGCACUGCUAUACUCGUGUACCUUCCUUCGAGAACACCUAUGUAAAUAUUCAUAAUAACUUAAAGCGUGUUACGACACAAUCAGAAUCGAAAUACGAGCGAUUUUUUUAAUUUCGUUAUAUAUGAAUGAAGUCAGGAAAUUACGCUUAAUUCUUUAUUCGAUAACAAUACGGGUGAGAGGGAAGAGUAAAUUGUUUUUCAGUACGAUUUUUUCUUCUAGUAUCGAAAGAGGAAGAAGUUACGAGCAAAUACGAAGCUUGAAAAUUAUCGAAUAAGAAACUAAGCGAUAAUAUGUAUAACAAAAGUUUAGAACCAAUGACUAAUAGUCAACGAAGACUUAUAUACAUAUAUGUAUAAUGUAUGUAUCUAUGAAUAUCUUCUAUGAUCGUACGUACCUCGUAGUGAAAGAUAUAAUCAAUAAUCUGAUAUAAAGGAUAAUAUUAUUUUUAUUCUUAAAUGCACAAGAACGUGCGAUCUUUGCGAAAGAAUUCUUAAAUGCGAAUUGUAUUAUAAGUAAAGCAGGGCUCAUGCUGAAAUACACUGUUGAUUAGUCUGAAAAGACUGUUUAAUUAAUUAUCUUGUUGAUUGCGCAGAAACAACGAACCAGUAAUACGGUACAUUUCAUAAAUAUGCCGACUACCAUAAGAAUUAAAUGAUAUAAAGUUCUCAUGAAAGAUUUCAUGUUUAUUAGAUUGCAUACGAUUACAUUAUUUUGAUAAAAAGGUACAAAGUAUUGUACGUUUCAAGAAUGUUGUGAACAUAAUUCAUUUGAAAUCGGCAUUCACCAAAUGAAAUGAAUUGUCAAUUUUGAAAAUUUACUAGUUAUAAGAAACAUGUUACUUAUAACGUUUAAAAUCAAUGUUUUAUAAUUUUUAUAUUUCAGAAUUAUUUUCCGUUUAUGCUAGUUAUAUAUUUUACAUAUUAUACUGAAAAAUGUCCAAAAAUACAACGAAAAUAUACACCGUGAAAUUACUAAGUAAAGAUCAAUAUUAAAUAUUGUAAAUCUCUUUACGUAAGAAUCCAUGGUAUAACUAUUGGACUAACUAUGAAAUCACAUAACAGCAUGAGACCUGUGUCAGACAGAGAAAGAAUCAAUUACCUCCAAUAUUUAAUAAUCAUAGCUUUAAACAAAGAGACCAAGUAAGUAAAGAAGAGUUCAUAUUCUCUUACAAAGGGUCAGUUUUAAGAAAUCCCGAAUUAAGCAAUUUUUGAAAAAAAAAAAGAAAAAAAUGGUGGCAGACGCGUGUUUUAAAGCGACUGUAGUAUCUCUGUAUAUAUAUACAUAUAUGUACUUAGAUUAGAAUUCUGAUCAUGUUGAUCUAAAGCAGAUCAAUGCUAUAUUAAACGAUCAUUUGAUCGACGAGGCUUGUACGUGUUGCGCAAGUUUUCUAUUUAUUAUUUGCAAACUCACGUGGGAAAGAGAGGAAAUUGCCAUGAAAAUAGGAGUAUUUGCAAAAGUUCAUGUCUACGACGAUGACCAAUAUUAUCGCCAAUAAGAGAACGUUGGGAAAAUUGAAUUUUAUUAUAUAGUUUAAUUGCAUGAAAAUAUAUCAUGUACUAUUUACUACAAGAUAGCUGAGCUGCGAAGAAUUCGCAAAAAUUGGAACUCCUUAAUAUGUUAUUUAUAAUCACGUAAACAUAAGUUUUUAAUAAAGUUAUUAAUAUAUAAGAUUUCCGUUUCUUAGUAGAUUAAAAAAUAAACUGAUGCGGUACAAUGAAUGAAAAACCAAAACGUAUGACCCUUUCAUAUAUCUUAAUUUCAAUUAUAUUAUAUUUAUUAAACAUAUAUAGGUAUAAUUUUACUAACAAAAAUCCUUGAAUAACUGUUGAAAUAUUAAAUAUUGAUUUCAUAGUCGGAUACUUUUACGGUUACAUCGUCUAUUAAAUUAUAUUGAAGAACUUUAUAUUAUAUAUGUCGGAGAUGAAAAGAACACCGGAGCCUUUGGAAUUUUUGAUAAUCCCGCAAUAUUGUAAUCUAGAGUCUACUAUAGCUGUAAUUAAACAAUUGUAGUUAUUCAAUCCGAUUGUAAUUGUUCGCGAGUUGUUGAUAAUGAGCUUGGGCUCGAGGCGACAGCCAGUCGCCGAACGUAGCCGCGGUCACGGGAUGAACGCUUUGUCUAACAAAGGUAUGGAGUAAUUCUAUAGCUCUU